CCAGGUUCCUCUCUCUCUCUCUCCCCACUUCAAAGCAAUCAUGCCUGCAAAACAAAGCAACUCACAGCGGUUGUCAGACAUAUGUAAACCAUUAUCAUGGUUUUUCCCUGAUCUUGAUGAAACUUCACUACAACUGCUGCAAAAGUUCAAUAUCCUCAACCUGUUACUCGUUUAUUGUGUACCAUUAUUUUACAUCUUUUACCCUGCCCUACUAUUACCCGCCAUAUGUUUUCGUUCCCUGUCCUUCCUGAUAUCAAAGCUCUGGGCAAAGAUGUCAGAAGCCAACAUCAUUCGAGACGAAGAUACCGCGGAAUACAUGGGUGGCGACGACAUGAACUUUUGGCUUCAACGAUGUUCUAUCUGCUUAGAUUCCAAAUUCUCUUUGUUCUUAGACUCCUGCAGAGACCAGUUUUGUGCAGACUGUUUUGCAAGAUAUAUUGAGGAGUCCGUUAAUUCUAGCUGGGGUCUAUCAGUGAAGAAGAUACAUUGCCCUGUAUGCCAAGAAUGUAUACCACAAAGCGAAUGGGCCAAAUUUGUAUCUCCGGCGUUGGUGGAGAAGUACAAUGCGUUCAAUCAACCCUAUAGACCAUUCUCAAGAUUUUGCCAAGACUGUGAUACUGAGCUGGUCGCCUGUAGACAUGAAAACUCCAUUCGCAUGUGUCGUGAGACGCGCUUUCAAGUGAUUCGCGAUAUGAUUGACCGAACUCUCGAUCUGUGCGCCUCGCCUUGCUUACCAGUGACCAUGACCACAGUAGCGAUGUUAGCUCGAUUCCAGCGUGAUCGGAAGAGUGGACAAUCGUAUCGUAAUGGUUGUGUUAAAGAAAUGCAUCACUAUGUCAUAUCUGGUUUACUGGCUUGCAUCGACACCCGUGAUCAGCAUUCAUGUUCGACAUGUGCUUACUUUGAUAAGCAGCAAGCCCAUCAACUUGCCGCUAACGUCUCUCGCCAAUUUGUAUCGAUGGAGAUUGUUCCAGAAUAUUGGAAGAGCUUGCAAUUUGCACAUAUUGCUUACUUUCCUGAUGUUACAUGCACUACGUGUGAUCGAGCUACCUGCUUACGAUGUGGCGCUUUCUCUCAUCCUGGCAUGACUUGUCGAGAGAACCUUCAAUUCAACUUGUCGAUCAGCGAAACAUCCGAUGAACUAGAUACGAUUAAAUGGAAGUUUGAGAACAGCCGAUGCUGCCCUUCUUGUUCCAUUAUGAUUCACCGCGAUGAAGGCUGCAAUAAAGUGGAUUGCUCACUUUGUGGGUACCGGUUCUGUUGGGCAUGUCUCAGCGCUUGGUCUGAGAAAUGCGGGUUCUACCAAUGUGGAUACCAACAGGAUCAACCCGCGAGUGACGUUGCUCUGGAAGCAAAGGCUGAAUUAGGUGUUCCUGACGUCCUUACCAUCGAACGACGCUACUCUACAAGCACAACCUCCUCGAAUCCAGUGAAUUAAUUCGGCACAUGCGCCGCGAUUAUGUUACAUAUUUCCCUCCCCUUUCGUCCUGCGCUGUCUAUAGUCCCCACCCUGCACGGACAUUGUAAAGACUUGCUUUCCCGCUGUUUAUAGUUCAAACACGUUCUUUAUUCCUUGUAUAAUAUAACAUUUUACGGGAGA